CCUCCCAUCUCCCAGCGGAUCUCCUUCCUCUCCCUCGCGCGCUCGGCCCAAUAUCCAACUCGACAUUUCUCUCUCCCUCACCUAGAUCUGAGAGGGCUUCAACUUCAGCCAUGGCUUUGAUGGCCGUUCUGGAAUCUGAUCUUCGCGCUCUCUCUGCCGAAGCUCGCCGUCGCUAUCCAGCCGUCAAGGACGGUGCAGAACACGCUAUAUUAAAGCUUCGAUCAGUGUCGAGUCCAAGUGAGCUAGCGCAGAAUGAAGAUAUACUGCGGAUUUUCUUAAUGGCUUGUGAAGUUAGAUCUGUGAAACUUAGUGUUAUUGGACUUUCUUGUAUACAAAAACUUAUAUCUCAUGAUGCGGUUUCUCAGUCCGCUCUAAAGGAGAUCUUGUCUACGUUAAAAAAUCAUGCUGACAUGGCAGAUGAGAGUGUUCAACUGAAGACUUUGCAGACAAUAUUGAUAAUAUUUCAAUCACGUUUACUUCCUGAAGAUGAGGACAAUAUGGCUCAAGCGCUUGGUAUCUGUCUCCAGCUUCUUGAAAACAGCAGAUCUUCUGACAGUGUGCGGAAUACUGCUGCAGCUACCUUCAGACAAGCAGUAGCCUUGAUUUUUGAUCAUGUGGUUCAAGUUGAGUCUCUUCCUGUGGGGAAGUUUGGUUUUGGAGGUCAUCUCUCUCGAACUAGUUCAGUUACUGGCGAUGUUAAUCGCAGUAUGAAUCAUUCAGAGUCAUUGGAUCAUGAAUGUACUUCUGGGGGGUCAUCAUUGAUGAGGGAGCCCCUGACAAAUGCUGGAAAGAUUGGGCUUCGAUUGCUUGAAGACCUGACAGCUCUUGCUGCAGGUGGAUCUGCAACUUGGUUACGUGUCAAUUCUCUUCAACGGACAUUUGUGCUGGAUAUACUUGAGUUCAUUCUCUCGAGUUAUGUGUUUGUUUUCAGAAUGUUAGUCUCCUACGAACAGGUUCUACGUCACCAGAUUUGUUCUCUUAUAAUGACUUCACUGAGGACCAAUGCUGAGAUUGAAGGGGAAGCAGGGGAGCCUUAUUUUCGACGCCUGGUCUUGCGGUCAGUUGCUCAUAUUAUCAGGCUUUACAGUUCAUCACUUAUUACUGAAUGUGAGGUUUUCCUUAGUAUGUUAGUGAAGGUCACUUCUCUUGAUCUGCCGUUGUGGCAUCGCAUUCUAGUUCUUGAGAUCUUAAGGGGAUUUUGUGUGGAGGCACGAACAUUGCGGAUUCUUUUUCAGAACUUUGAUAUGCAUCCCAAGAACACAAAUGUUGUGGAGGGUAUGGUCAAAGCUCUUGCUCGAGUUGUUUCAAGUGUACAGGUUGAAUUUCAAGAGACCAGUGAGGAGAGCCUGGCAGCUGUUGCUGGGAUGUUUAGUAGCAAAGCCAAAGGGAUUGAGUGGAGCCUUGAUAAUGAUGCAUCCAAUGCUGCGGUCUUGGUUGCUAGUGAGGCCCAUGCAAUAACUUUAGCAAUUGAAGGUUUGUUGGGUGUCGUCUUCACUGUAGCUACAUUGACAGAUGAAGCAGUUGAUGCAGGGGAGCUUGAAUCCCCUAGAUGUGAUUAUGAUCCUAUGCCUAACUGCACUGGAAAGACUGCAGUUCUUUGCAUCUCAAUGGUUGAUUCUUUGUGGUUGACCAUACUAGAUGCUUUAUCUCUUAUUUUGUCAAGGUCACAAGGAGAGGCUAUUAUACUGGAGAUAUUAAAGGGAUAUCAGGCAUUCACUCAGGCAUGUGGGGUUCUCCAUGCUGUAGAACCUUUAAACUCAUACUUGGCUUCCCUUUGCAAAUUUACUAUCAGUUUUUCCAAUGAAGCAGACAGAAGAAGUAGUUUGUCGCAAUCUCCUGGGCCAAAACGAUCUGAGGCAUUGGUAGAUCAGAAGGAUAACAUUGUCCUUACUCCCAAAAAUGUGCAGGCCUUAAGGACUCUCUUUAAUAUUGCUCAUCGAUUGCACAAUGUAUUGGGUCCAUCUUGGGUUUUGGUAUUGGAAACAUUGGCUGCUCUGGACCGAGCUAUCCAUUCUCCACAUGCCACCACACAGGAAGUCUCCACAGUGAAGCUUACACGGGAAUCAUCUGGCCAUUACAGCGACUUCAAUAUUCUCUCUUCUUUGAAUUCUCAGCUGUUUGAGAGCUCAGCAUUGAUGCACAUAUCUGCUGUUAAAUCCCUACUCUCUGCACUACGGCAGCUGUCACAUCAAUGCAUGGUUUCAAUUUCAAGUAGUUCUGGACCAACGUCAACCCAAAAAAUUGGAAGCAUCAGCUUUUCAGUGGAAAGAAUGAUAUCUGUCCUUGUCAAUAAUCUUCACAGGGUAGAGCCUUUGUGGGAUGAAGUUGCUGGCCACUUUCUUGAGCUUGCUGAUAAUUCUAAUCAGCAUUUACGAAAUAUAGCACUUGAUGCACUAGAUCAAUCAAUAUGUGCAGUGUUAGGUUCGGAACAGUUCCAGAAUAAUGCACCAUCUCAUGGCCCUUCUAAAGAAGUUGAAACUAGGCAGGCAGACUUGAGAUCACUUGAGUGUGCUGUUAUAUCUCCACUAAUGGUUCUUUAUUUUUCUACUCAAAGCACUGAUGUCCGAGCUGGAACCUUGAAAAUUCUUCUGCAUAUUUUGGAGAGAUGUGGAGAAAAAUUGCACUAUAGUUGGUCAAAUAUACUUGAAAUGUUGAGGUCUGUUGCAGAUGCAUCAGAGAAGGAACUUGUCACCUUGGGAUUCCAGAGCCUUCGUGUCAUCAUGAAUGAUGGUCUUUCCAGCAUACCCACAGACUGCCUCCACGUAUGCGUGGAUGUUACUGGAGCAUACAGUGCUCAAAAGACCGAGUUGAAUAUAAGUUUGACGGCAGUAGGUCUCUUGUGGACUGCAACAGAUUUUAUCGCGAAGGGGCUUCUUAGUGGGCCUUGUGAGGAAAAGGAAGCAGGAAAUCUAGAUUUACUUUCUACUCCAAAACAAAUGGAUGGUGAAAAGAGGGAAGAGCAGAUAUUUAACAGACACAAUGAAGUGAAUGGCCAAACUCCCCUGAUAAGUGUAGUAGACUGCGACAAGUUGCUAUUCUCUGUUUUCUCGUUACUUCAGAAGCUUGGUGCUGAUGAGAGGCCGGAGGUCAGGAAUUCAGCUAUCAGAACACUUUUUCAAACUCUAGGAAGUCAUGGGCAAAAACUUUCAAAAAGCAUGUGGGAGGAUUGUCUUUGGAAUUAUGUCUUUCCUGCAUUAGAUCGUGCUUCACAUAUGGCUGCAACCUCUUCAAAAGAUGAAUGGCAAGGGAAAGAACUUGGGACUCGGGGAGGAAAAUCUUUUCACAUGCUUAUACACCACAGCCGUAACACUGCUCAGAAACAGUGGGAUGAGACACUUGUCCUUGUCCUUGGUGGAAUAGCACGUUUAUUACGGUCUUUCUUUCCUUUUCUUAGAAACUUAAACAACUUCUGGUCAGGAUGGGAAUCUUUACUUAUUUUUGUGAAAAAUAGCAUUUUAAAUGGUAGUAAAGAAGUUUCUCUUGCGGCAAUAAACUGUCUACAGACAACUGUUCUUUCUCAUUCUGCCAAAGGAAAUUUGCCAAUGGCUUACCUUAAGUCAGUACUUGGUGUUUAUGAGUUUGCUCUUCAGAAGUCACCAAACUGCAGUGAUAAUACAGCAGCCAAGGUGAAACAGGAGAUUUUGCAUGGUCUAGGAGAACUAUAUUUACAAGCUCAAAGGAUGUUUGAUGAUAACAUGUACACACAGUUGCUAGCAAUCAUUGACUUGGCUGUCAAGCAGACAAUGAUAACCAAUGAAAACUAUGAAACUGAAUUUGGAAAUGUUCCACCAGUACUACGUACUAUACUAGAAAUUUUUCCUCUUCUAAGUCCAACUGAGCAACUUUCUUCAAUGUGGCUCAUCCUUCUUAGAGAGCUUUUGCAAUAUCUUCCAAAAUCAGAUUCUUCUUUUCAAAACAAGGAAAAUGAGGCAGAGCAACCUGGUACUAGCGACAGUAUUCCAGAUCAUGCGAGGACAAAGUAUAAUACGCCUAACGGUAAUGCUCCAAUCUCCCCAAACAAUGCUCAAGCUUCAUCUAGGAGUUCUGAAUUGAUUUCAACUGCACCAGAAGGCAUUCGAAGUCACUUGUUUGCAGAAAAGCUUAUUCCUGUGCUGGUUGAUCUUUUCCUACGGGCCCCUGCUGUGGAAAAGUGUAUCAUAUUUCCAGAAAUUGUUCAAAGCCUUGGAAGGUGUAUGACAACAAGAAGGGACAAUCCAGAUAGUUCAUUUUGGAGAUUAGCUGUUGAAGGCUUCAACCGUAUUCUUGUGGAUGAUGUUGGCAAAAUUGCUGUCAACCGUGGACAAGACUUAAAAGUUAGUAGACCAGCAAGAUUGCGUGUUUGGAAAGAAAUUGCUGAUGUCUAUGAAAUAUUCUUGGUGGGUCAUUGUGGUCGUGCUCUUCCUUCCAAUUCUCUCUCUGCUGAGGCUCUUAAGGCUGAUGAAUCCUUGGAGAUGUCCAUAUUAGACAUUCUGGGUGAUAAGGUUCUCAAGUCACCAAUUGAUGCACCUUUUGAUAUUCUGCAAAGGCUAGUUUCCACCAUAGACCGAUGUGCAUCACGAACAUGCUCUUUGCCUGUUGAGACUGUGGAACUUAUGCCUGUCCAUUGUAGCAAAUUUUCCUUGACAUGCUUAGAGAAGUUAUUUUCCUUGUGCAGUUUCGACAAUGAAGCUAAUGAUUGGAACUUCACAAGAGCUGAAGUCAGCAAAAUUGCAAUAAUGGUACUAGUGAGUAGAUGUGACUACAUCUUAAACAAAUUUCUAGCUGAUGAGAAUUACUUGGGAGAACGUCGACUACCAGCAGCAAGGCUUGAAGAAAUAAUUUUUGUUCUUCAAGAAUUGGCUCGCUUAAAAAUUCAUUUGGAUACUGCAUCUAUACUGCCUUUACAUCCCUCGUUGAAAGGUGCUCUGGCAAUGGAAGAGAACAAAGACAAACGUCCACAUUUGAUAGUUCUAUUUCCCUCCUUUUGUGAGCUUGUUGUUUCAAGGGAAGCUGGAGUAAGAGACCUGGUGCAAAUUGUGCUUAGACUUGUCAGCAAAGAACUGACACUUGAAAAGAUUAGCACAGCUGUUGAUGUACAGAAGAAUGCUUCUUAACGACAUUUUUUACUGAGCUGUAUCCUUGGAACUGUUGUUUAUAAACGCUUAAGAUGAGGAAUUUUUCCCGUCCUCCAUAUUUUGGUGUUCUGUUAUUUAUUAGUUUGUACAUUUUAGGAAAAAAUCAUCUGUUGUAUUCAUAAAUUUCUUGGGGGUGACAAAUUUGUGAAUUAGAGUGUGUGCCAAUUUUGAUUCUUCUAAUGCCACACUUGGUGUAAAAACAUGUAGAAAAUUGCCGUUGAUUUGCAAUGAAAGAUAUUGUUGACAUUUA